AUGAAAGCUUCCAUCAUCUUCCGCGACGACCAAAACCCUAUUCUGAGAGCCAAAAUCCCUCUCAAUUUCUUCGGCUUCCCCCUUCGUUCCGCCAUUGAAGUUGCAGACGUCCACGAUCUCUCCUUCACCUUCAGCACUUUCUUCAGAUCCGGCCCUUCCUUCAACCUCUCUUACCGCCCCAAUGAUUCCAUCAACCCCUUCACUCUCGCCCUCAAGGCCGGAAUCGGACUGUUCGGCUCGCCGAUCGACGCUCCCAUGGCUUUCACGGCGGAAUUCAACCUUCCACGCAACGAACCCCCUCGGUUCUUCCUCCACUUCCGCCCUCGACUCGGCGAUUUCACUCUCCGGAGAUCCGUCCAGUCGCACAUCCCGAAUUUGAAUUUGCCCUAUCGGAACGCGAUUUCGCGAAUGGAUGAUGAUGUUGCUGCUCUGAGUAAGGGAAAGUCCGUCGACGAUGGCGCCGAAACUUCUGGAGAAGCCGAUUCUGACCUGACGCUCGGAAAUGGGAUCGACUGCUCGCAGGUCUYGACUCGAAUCGACGAUGUGCUCUCGAGUGUGGAGAUUUGUGCGRGAUCGAGGUUCAAGGUGAGGGACCGGGCGGCGGUGAAGUUCCGAUGGACCAUGAGAUUUCCGGUUAGCGUUAGAACGGAAGAUUUUACUGCCAGGACUCUGCUCUCCAAAAUGCCGUAUCUAACAUUGGGAAAAAUCAAAAUCGAAGGCGUCGGCGAACAAGAAAGCGAUGAGGCAGCCGGCGCCGGCGAGUAUUCAGCUUUGAGGAAGCAAUUGGACGAUUUAUGGAGCGAAAGCCGGUGGUUGAAGAUGAACGUAGAGCAACUUCGGUCGGAAAUCGGUGAGCAGAAAGCUGCACCGGCGACGCCGCCGGUUGAAUCUCGGAAGAGAAGGGGAGCUUGA